CACACUGAGCUACACCCUAUCAAGGCAUUUGAAUGUUCCCUCCCCUUCAAAGGUUGGCAACAUGUUAAAAGAGAAAGCUGUUUCCUCAUUCCUCAUUCCUCAUUGAGCGAGCAAAAGCAGGAGGAGAGGAGAUUUGUUGUCUGUCAGAGAUUGUUUCUGUUCAGAGAAAGUGGAUAUUUUACCUUCUGUCUGCAGUCCGUAACUAUCACUGAGAGGUGAGAUAGUGCAGAAAGGAGUUCAGCUGGACCGGGAAACCAUGUCUUGUUCCAUCUGUCUGGAUCUAAUGAAGGAUCCGGUAACUAUUCCCUGUGGACACAACUACUGCAUGGACUGUAUCAAACACCACUGGGAUGGAGAGGAUAGGAAGAAAGUCCACAGCUGCCCUCAGUGUAGAAGGAUCUUCACACCGAGGCCUGUCCUGCUGAAGAACACCUUGUUAGCAGAUUUAGUGGAGAAGCUGAAGAAGACUGGACUUGGAGAAGAUCCUGCUGAUCACUGCUAUGCUGGAGCUGAAGAUGUGGCCUGUGAUGUCUGCACUGGGAGAAAACUCAGAGCCUGUAAGUCCUGUCUGCAGUGUCUGGCCUCUUAUUGUGACAAACACCUCCAGCCUCACUUUGACGCAGCUACGUUUAAAAAACACAAGCUGGUGGAGCCCUCCAAGAAGCUCCAGGAGAACAUCUGCUCUCGUCACGACGAGGUGAUGAAGAUGUUCUGCCGCACUGAUCAGCAGUGUAUCGGUUAUCUCUGCUCUGUGGACGAACACAAAGGCCACGACACAGUGUCAGCUGCAGCAGAGAGGACUGAGAGGCAGAGAGAGCUGGAGGGGAGUCGACUAAACAUCCAGCAGAGAAUCAAGGACGGAGAGAAGGAGGUGAAGCUGCUUCAGCAGGAGGUGAAGGCCGUCAAUGGCUCUGCUGAUAAAGCAGUGGAGGACAGUGAGAAGAUGUUCACUGAGCUGAACCGUCUCAUGCAGAAGAGAAGCUCUGAUGUGAAGCAGCAGGUCAGAUCCCAGCAGAAGAGAGAAGUGAGUCGAGCCAAAGAGCUUCAGAAGAAGCUGAAGCAGGAGAUCUCUGAGCUGAAGAGGAGAGACGCUGAGCUGAAGCUGCUGUCUCACACAGAGGAUCACAACCAGUUUCUGCACAGCUACCCCUCACUGCCAGCCCUCAGUGAAGCUACACACUCCUCCAGCAUCAACAUCCAUCUUCUGAGCUACUUUGAGGACUUGACCGCGGCCCUGUCAGCAGUCAGAGACAAACUACAGGACGUCCUGAGAGAGGAAUGGACAAACGUCUCAUCGACUGAAGUGGAUGUUUUACUGUCAUCAGCAGAGCCCACCACCAGAGCUGGGUUCUUAGAAUAUUCACAGGAGGUCACUCUGGAUCCAAACACAGCACACACGCUGCUGGUAUUAUCUGAGGGGAGCAGAAAAGCAACACUCAUGGAACAACAACAGUCUUAUUCUAGUCACCCAGACAGGUUCACUGAUUGGCCUCAGGUCCUGAGUAGAGAGAGUCUGACUGGACGUUGUUACUGGGAGGUGGAGUGUACAGGGAGAGCAGUUGGUGUAGCAGUCUCAUACAAGAAUAUCAGCAGAGCAGGGGAUGGGUAUGAAUGUUUAUUUGGAUACAAUGACAAAUCCUGGGCGUUAGAGUGUAAACAAAACAGUUAUUCAUUUAGUUACAACCGUAUCAACACACCCGUCUCAGGUCCUCGGUCCUCCAGAGUAGGAGUGUACUUGGAUCACAGAGCAGGUAUUCUGUCCUUCUACAACAUCUCUGAAACCAUGACUCUCCUCCAAAGAGUCCAGACCACAUUCACUCAGCCGCUACAUGCUGGAGUUUUGGUUUAUGGUGGAACCACAGCUGAGUUGUGUAAACUGAAAUAGCCUGAAGUCAUUUGAGGAACUCUUCUACUUCUUAAACUCAUUGUGUCCAUCAUUGUUGCUGAGAGCUGAUUGUUCAUGUCUUCACUGCACAGAGACCAGCUGUCAAUCAAACAUUAUGGGAUGUGCUUUAACAUCUUCUCAUGAGUUGUUCUGUAGAUGUUGGAAUUUCUUUAGGCGGCGCUCCUUCCUGUGUCUGUUUAGCCAUGGAGGCUGUCACUGCUCAGGAGCAUUUCUGUUAACCUCAACUCAUAUUUCUCUACAUUGAAAUAUAAACUUUGCUCUAAAUAUUUGUUGAAUAUUGAUUUAUUUUUAUUUUGGUGUUUCUGUUGUAAAGCUUGAGAGAGAGAAAUCACCUUCCCUGACAUUUACUCAAUCUGACAGAACACUCAGUACUGAAUGUGUCAGAGAUGAUUGGGAGACAUCCCUCAAAUAAAAACGAAUAAAAGAACAGGGGGAAGACCACGAUGCAGCAUUGCAAAUGUCUUCUACCGUCAUUCCUCCGUGCAACGCCCUAGAGGUUGAAAUUCCUCUGGUGCUGUGCGCUUUGAUGUUUUCUGGGGGAUCCAACCCAGAGGAAACAUACGCCUGUGACACAGCUUCACACAACCAGUGUGACAGGCGCUGUGCCGACAGAGGCUGCCCUAUUGAGCGCUCUCUGUAAUGCACAAACAGGCGCUGGGACCUGCGCAACGUGGCUGUGCGUGCAAUAUAGCAUGACAGCGCACGUACGGGACAUAGGAGAUGAGAUGUGGCUUCUUCCUCCGAUGUGUGAGGAGGAGGGAAGAAACCAUCCAAAGUGAUCACUCUCGAUCUAAAAGAGCUUGUGAUCACCUUUGGCAUAAAAGCCGGGUUAGGGCGCACAACAGCUGAGCUACCAUCUCCUUGUAUUCGUAUACAUGACGGAGCCACAGAUAGAGCAGACAAUUCACUCACCCUUUUUGCUGAUGUCAGCGCCAAGAGCAGAGCCACUUUGGCUGACAAAAACUUUAGGGGAACCUGAUCUAAAGGUUCGAAUGGAGCUUUACUUAGUGCGCAUAACACCAACGCCAAAUCCCAUUGAGGCGCCAAAGUGCGUGACACCGGUCUGAGUCUCUGUACUCCCCGUAGAAACCGUGUUGUCAGAGGGUGACUAAACACCGUGCUGACACCAAACCCUUCGUGGCAAGAUGAUAUGGCAGCCGCGUACGUUUUUAUCGUGCUAUAAGCCAAUUUUCUGUCCAGUAAUGUCUGGAGAAAUGACAGUAUGUGAGACAGGGGGCACCUGACGGGGUCAAGGCUUUUCCCUACACACCAGCGCUGGAACGCUGUCCAUUUGAUUGUGUAGGAUGCCGUGGUGGACGCCGCUCUUGAACCCUGAAUGGUACUGAUAACUUUUUUAGAGAGGCCCAGCCCCUCUAAAUGUUCCCGUUCAGGGGCCAUGCCCACAAACGUUGGCCCAAUACUGGGUGACUGCUGAUCGCUCCUUCCACCUGGGAGAGAGCGUCCCUGCGCCACGGUAUUUCCCACGGUCUCCCUGACAGCAUCCGCCGUAGGCAUGGAACCCAGGAGGCUCCCGUGCGUUCC